AUGGAUGAUAACUUCCUGGGCAGUGCAUCCGACGAUGGUGGAUUCGAUUUACGGCAGGAGAUAGCGCGCAGUGCAUUUGCCGACAUGUGCCACGAUUGGGAACGCAAUCAGAAGUAUGACCAGGCACUACGUCGAACGAUAGCCCGUUUGCAUGCCACCGGGCAGCAAGCACACGUGCUGGACAUCGGUACCGGUAGUGGGUUGCUCUCGAUGAUGGCUGUCCGUGCCGGUGCCGACAGUGUGGUCGCAUGCGAAGCAUUCCGUCCGAUGGCUGAAUGUGCAGAGAAGAUUAUCGAAGCGAAUGGUAUGAAGGAUCGUAUACGCUUGGUAAAGAAACGCUCCACUCAGUUGUCGGUCGGCUCGGGACAAGAUAUGGAACGGCGAGCUAACGUGCUGGUGACGGAACUGUUCGAUACUGAGCUGAUUGGUGAGGGAGCACUUGGGACCUACCGACAUGCCUUACAACAUCUGCUGACGGAUGACGUACUGACGAUACCGCACCAAGCGACCGUAUACGCGCAGGUGGUCGAGUGUCCGCUAGUGCUUAGUUGGCAACAGCUAAAGACACUCUCGAAUGCUGAUGGUGAUAUUUUGCUGCGUGUUCCACCGGAAGUGGCGAGUUGCCGCGGUUCCAGCGCUGUCUUCGAUAUCCAACUAAGCCAGCUACCGGUGGGCAGUUUUAACCCGCUUACAGAUCCCGUACCAGUGUUCGAGUUUUGCUGGAACAAACACGAGAAGCUGGUAAACAGACGACGAGAGCAAAGCGUUUGUCAAGCACGUACAUCUGGUUUCCCGCAGGCCGUUUUUAUGUGGUGGGAUUUGACGAUGGACAACGAAGGCGAGGUGCUGUUAAGCUGUGCACCGUAUUGGGCUCACCCGGACCACGGUACACUGAAAAAGCAAAGAAAAGCUGUAACACGCAAGCAGCGCAUACCCGAAGGGAACAUCAUUCCGUGGCGGGAUCACUGGAUGCAGGCCGUCUACUUUCUACCACCGAUCAAGAUUCCCCUCGAACGUGGCCAACAGUUUGUGCUGCAGUCGUACCACGACGAAUAUUCGCUAUGGUUCGGGUUAGAGGAACAAUCGUCAAGUUUGCUCGAACCUCCCCACUGUGACUGCGGAUGGCACAUUGCGCAGUCACGAUCACGAAUCGGACAGCUCAAUGAUAGUUUGCGCAACAAGCGUUACUUGAACUACUUUGAGCGAGUGUUUUCUAGCGAUUCCGUCGUAUUGGUGCUUAGCGAGGGUUCACUGCUUGGCCUAGCGGCUGCCAGGAUGGGUGUAAAGACGGUGCUGCUGUACGAACCGAACGCAAUAUCACGCCGCUGUAUGGAAGCGUUUGUGGAACAUAACAGUGUGCCGAAUGUGCAGUUCCUUUCGUCGGCAGAUGCACUAGAACCCGACCAAGCUGCGACCGUAACGCACGUAUUUGCUGAACCACAUUUUCCUUCCGCAAUUCUGCCCUGGGACAACCUACACUAUGGAGAUUUGUUGAAAAAUCUACGCCCGAUGCUUCCGACCACCGUCACUGUGAUUCCAUCGGCCGGUACGCUUUACGCACUGCCGGUGGAAUUUUUAGAUUUGCAAAAAAUCAACGCCCCACUUGGUACCUGCGAAGGAUUCGAUCUUUCGCUGAUGGAUGGAAUGAUCGAACAACACUCCACGUACGCAGAUUCACCGAUCGAAGCACAACCAUUGUGGGAAUAUCCGUCCUAUCCGUUGGCCGGGGCGGUACGUUUGCUCGAGCUGGAUCUCGUAUCGGACUUUGAGCAAUCGAAGCUUCAAAGAGGGGAAAUGCGUGUGUCAGAACCGGAACGAUUGAACGGAAUCGCGAUAUGGAUCGAUUGGCAUCUGGAUGGAAGCCAUAGUCCAAAAACUACCAUAUCGAGUGGACCGCUUUUACCGGUCGAGGAGGCUUCUGAUGAACCGACGCGAUGGAAUGCAAAUUGGCGGCAGGGGGUACAUUUGCUGCGGAAGCUACCGAACCGAAAGGGAACCAUUCCUUGGACUGUGAAGUUCAAUCCCGUUUUAAAUAAUGUAUACUUUCAGUUUCAUUAUGAGGAUUAAUAAAUG